AUGGCAGAAUUGACUCCACCUCAUGCAAUUGAUCAACUCGUUUCGCUCAUCACAACUGCUGAUGCUGAUCUUCAGGCUUUACCUCGCGACGAUCUUGCCAAGCUUCGCUCUAAAAUUCGUUUACACGACAGGUGUGCUGCUGCUGUCAAGACCAUUUGCAAAGAGUACAACUUGAAGGAACCAGCAGGCCUCACAAAAGCCAAGGCAGAGCCAGCCCAAGUCCGUGUUCCUGCAGUUAUUGAAGUGAAACAACCUGCUGUGAAGAAAGCACCUAGUAAUGCCAAUGUAGCCAAAGCACGCAAGAUUGCCAAGGCGGGAGCAAUCAAAGUGAAGGCAUAA